AAAAACUUAAAGUCAAAGGUUAAUUAAAGAUAAAGAUAAAAAUAAAAGAUGCCUAUACAGAAGAUUAAAGCUAGACAAAUAUUUGAUUCAAGAGGAGAUCCUACUUUGGAGGUUGAUCUUAUCACAGAUGUUGGUCUGUUCAGAUCAUCAGUUUCUAGUACUUUGGUAUCAAAUCCUAAUCAAGCACAAGAAAUCCGAGAUGGAAAUGAGGCUGCUUAUCAUGGUAGAUCAGUUUUUAAAGCUGUUGAUAUAGUUAACAACGUAAUAGCACCUCAAUUAUUGACAUCAAAAUUAGAAGUUUGUCAACAAAUGGAAAUUGAUAGUCUGUUGAACAGAUUAGAUGGUACUGAGAAUAAAUCAAAAUUAGGUGCUAAUUCAAUCUUAGGGGUUUCUUUGGCAUGUUGCAAAGCUGGUGCAGCAAAGAAAGGUCUUCCAAUUUAUAGGUACAUUGCUGAAUUAGCAGGAAACAGUGACCUGUAUUUGCCAGUGCCCUGUUUCAACAUGAUCAGCGGUGGUAGACUGGCAGGUAAUUCUAUACCUUGCGAAAAAUUUAUGAUUCUACCGAUAGGAGCUGAAAGUUUUGUCGACGCUAUGAAAAUGGGUAACGAGGUUUAUCGCGUUUUGGAGAAGAAAAUAGCUGAAUCUCAAGAAAUUCAAUUGCCACUUUCUGUUGGCGAUGACGGUUCAUUCGCACCACUUUUAGAAGACGACAAAGAUGCUUUGACACUCAUAGAUGAAUCGAUAAAGGAUGCUGGAUACGAAGGAAGGAUUAAAAUUGCUUUAGAUAUGGCAGCUAGUGCUUUUUAUAAAGAAGGAGGCUACGAUUUAGCUUUUAAAACUGAAGAAUCCGAUCCCGACGAUUAUAUGGAAGCGGAAGCAUUGAAAGAACAAUAUUUAGAUUAUUUAACCGACUUUCCAUCAAUUGUCUCGAUCGAAGAUCCUUUUGAUCAGGAAGAUUGGGAAGGUUGGUUGACAAUGGCCGAUCAAGAAAUACAAAUAGUCUCCGACGAUUUAACAGCCAUGAACAUUGAAAGAAUUGAGGAAGCAAUAGAACGACAAAUGGCUAAUUGUCUCGUUUUGAGAAUGUCACAAAUCGGUACAAUCACAGAAACCAUUAAUUGUGCGAAAAUGGCUAGAAUCAACAAUUGGGGCUACGUUGUAUCAACUGGACAAUGCGAAACUGAAGACAAUUUUGUAGCUGAUCUUGCUGUGGGUUUAUCAGCGGGACAAUUUAAAUCUGGUGCACCGUGUAGAACCGAUAGAACAGGCAAAUACAAUCAAAUUGUUAGGAUCGAGGAAGAACUUGGAAAAGAUGCCAAAUAUGCUGGAUUAAAUUACAGAAGUCCUCUUGCUAAAUGAUCAAAUUAUAUGUGUGUUGUUUUUUUCUUG